CACCUUCACAAGCGUCCCAGAAAGUCUCGCCUCUGGGUUUACAAGCUCUUCUUUCGGGCUUCGCCUCUUCCUACAAAUACUUUCGAUAACUAAACCAAGAUAGACCACCGCCUGUUUCCUAUGGGAACAAAUGAGUAACUGUGGCCAGAACAAAAAAGGAGAUCGAAUCCCCGAGCGGACAAGAUGUCCCUGUGUAGAUGACAUCGUCAGGAAUUAUGGAACACAAGAUUGAUUUUCAAGAACUCCUGGCCAGACUGGUUAUCUCAGAGCCAACAGAUCCUAUUAUAAAGUGCAUUAUUAAUAAUAAUCUGGAGAGGCUGAAGAAAUUGAUUAGAGGCAAGGACAUCAAUGCAUUGUACCCUUGUGUUGAGUUACAAGAUGAAGUAACCCCAUUAAUGGCUGCUGUUGCAUUUGCAAAUCAGGAGAUUUGUACAUUUCUUCUGGGAAAAGGUGCUGCUCCCAACAAACCAUCAAAGAGAUGUUUAGCACCACUGCAUUAUGCUGGACUGCAUAAAGUUCCAGUGAAUAUUGUGACAACAUUACUGGAAGCAAAGGCAGAUCCAAAUGGUCUUGUAUGAAACAGACCUACCUGUAAAACCAAAGUUCUCUCCAAUUCAAUUAGCACAUGACAGAGAGGAUGUUGUGAAGAAGUUGCUCGAAUCUGGAGCUUUAUUGUGGCUAAAUCAUGGCAUCCAUCCUGCAAUUGAUCUGAAAUUGGCCACAAUAAUUGAAAACUUUGCUAAAGAGAGUGAGUUAUUUUCCAAAAUCAAGAUUUGUUAAAAUUUUGUGAAAGCAGUAAAACAAACAUCCCCAACAGAAGUGUUCAGCAGCUUUGCCCAGAACCUUCUACAGGUGAACCCCCAAACCCACCUUACUAUGGUUGACAUGUGCUUUAACAUUGACGGUCCAUAUAAAGAAAAAUACCCCCAGACAGCCAUUACAUGGUUGAACGACUCCAAUAAACUAGAUUACUAUGUUAAAGAUGUAAGCAAACGUCUGUCUACAAUUCCUCAGAUUUUUAGGACAGUUGCAUUGAAAUCCUUAGAUAGAGUUGUUUGCUCCAUGAAGGAAAUACCUAAUGAGGUGUCACUUACCCUAAUUCCUGAGUUAGUGAAACUGCUUUCCUGUAAACCAGAAGAUGAUGUCGUGCCAUUGAUCAUUCUUAUAUUCCAUAGCAUCACAGAGAAGACAAAAGACGAGGAUUGUUGGAGCAACUUUGACCUUGAGAAAAUAUGCAAGCACAUUGUCCCAUGCACACAGAGGGAGGGUUAUCCGAAUGCUUUGAAGAUGUCUGCCUAUGCAAUGCUCGCAGAUCUUUACACAUUUAGUUGUGUUCCUGGUUACAUCAGCUCUCUGGGACUGACUCCAGUACCUGAAGGACUACUUAUCUGUGGACGGGAUGAAAACCUGAAAGUAAAGCUGAGAGAUUUAAACAAGUCCUUAAACGGACAAUUUUCUGCCUCCAAGUCAGCAAGUGAAGAUUCAAAAGAAGAGACAGACACACAAGAAAAUAAAACCUGUUUAGCCUUCAAUACUUCAUCUACCCCUGUUGAGGAAACUGGCCUUGAUGAGUGUUCUAGUGUCAAGCCGUUCCACCCCACCACUGACACAUCACCAUCACAGCGCAACUGGCUUGAAGUCAGCAAGCGGUGGGAGACACAGUUAGAGAAGCUUGCCAACGUGGAUGAAUGUAAAGUUUAUAAAGUAGGAAACCUCACUCUUAUAUUUGAUGAUGAUUACUUUCGCAUAGCAAAGGGAAGUGAUGGAACUGAGGUCUUCUUGGGCCUGAGGGAUGAUGGCACUGAAGUAGCUAUAAAGAGAAUGAUCAGGUCAAACUAUCAGUUUCUCAAGAAUGAGGAAGGAUUUUUACGUCUUCCAGAGCUUGACAGUAGCUGUAUUGUGAGAUACAUGGACUUUGCAGAAGACAGUUUCUUUGGUUAUCUUGCUCUUCAGCUCUGUGAAUACACUCUGGAUGAGUACAUUAAUACACACCUGUCCAAGGACGACACUCCUGCCCUGAUGAAAAUCACUCAAGAGGUGCUCCGCAGUUUAAGUGUCCUUCAUGGUCCAACUACCAAAGUCCUUCAUCGGGAUAUCAAACCUCUGUUUUGAUAGGUAUCAAUGGAAAUGCAAAAUUUCCAGUGGCAGAUUUUGGCAUAAGUCGCAGAUUGACAGUGGAACAAACAACUCUAUACACAGUCCCUGCAGGAACAAAAUGCUGGAUGGCCAAGGAGACGUUAGACAAACAAGGCUCUGGAUAUAAGAGGAGCUCUGACAUACAGGUGGCUGGGAUGUUGGUAUACUACGUUCUUUCUGGUGGACACCACCCCUUUGAAGGUCCACUUGGUGAGGAACUUGAACAGAAUCGAAACAUAAUCAAGGGGACUUACACACUAGAACAUGUGGCAGACGAGGUUGCAAAGGACCUCAUUUAGUGGAUGAUCAAUGAAGACCCUGCUGGGAGACCUACAGUGGAGGAGACCACCUCUUCUGGAAACCACAGAGGAGAUUGGAUUACUUGAUAAAAAUUGGGAAUCAGAAGGAGGCAGAGAACCAUCGUAAUGCUGACCCAGAGCUCGUUCAAGCGCUAGACCAAGAUGUUGAGACGAGAUCCUUCUAUCAGUGGAAAUCCAAGCUGGCCCCUUCGUUGAUCCAGAAGGUGGAGGGUAAAAAGAAGGCCUACACUGAGAACACAUUGGGGUUACUGUGCUUCAUACGCAACCUUGAUGCACACUACACUAAGGUUGCGGAUAAGGAUGCAGAUGCGGCCUGCUCUGUUUGCAAAGAUCUGGUGACAACGUUUCCUGAUCUCUUUGGAUGCGUUUACAAGUUUGCUAAGAAACAGAACUGGAAUACAAGACGACCUGAUCUCUGCAUGUUUUUAAUGCAGAGGAACUAAGCUCAUGAUGCUGACAUAUACAGUGGGGCAAAAAAGUAUUUAGUCAGCCACCAAUUGUGCAAGUUCUCCCACUUAAAAAGAUGAGAGGCCUGUAAUUACCAUCAUAGGUACACUUCAACUAUGACAGAAAAAAUGAGAAGAAAAAAAAUUCAGAAAAUCACAUUGUAGGAUUUUUAAUGAAUUUAUUUGCAAAUUAUGUUGGAAAAUAAGUAUUUGGUCAAUAACAAAAGUUCAUCUCAAUACUUUGUUAUAUACCCUUUGUUGGCAAUGACAGAGGUCAAACGUUUUCUGUAAGUCUUCACAAGGUUUUCACACACUGGUAUUUUGGCCCAUUCCACUCCAUGCAGAUCUCCUCUAGAGCAGUGAUGUUUUGGGGCUGUUGCUGGGCAACAUGGACUUUCAACUCCCUCCAAAGAUUUUCUAUGGGGUUGAGAUCUGGAGACUGGCUAGGCCACUCCAGGACCUUGAAAUGCUUCUUACGAAGCCACUCCUUCAUUGCCCGGGCGGUGUGUUUGGGAUCAUUGUCAUGCUGAAAGACCCAGCCACGUUUCAUCUUCAAUGCCCUUGCUGAUGGUAGGCUUUGUUACUUUGGUCCCAGCUCUCUGCAAGUCAUUCACUAGGUCCCCCCGUGUGGUUCUGGGAUUUUUUCUCAUCGUUCUUGUGAUCAUUUUGACCCCACGGGGUGAGAUCUUGCGUGGAGCCCCAGAUCGAGGGAGAUUAUCAGUGGUCUUGUAUGUCUUCCAUUUCCUAAUAAUUGCUCCCACAGUUGAUUUCUUCAAACCAAACUGCUUACCUAUUGCAGAUUCAGUCUUCCCAGCCUGGUGCAGGUCUACAAUUUUGUUUCUGGUGUCCUUUGACAGCUCUUUGGUCUUGGCCAUAGUGGAGUUUGGAGUGUGACUGUUUGAGGUUGUGGACAGGUGUCUUUUAUACUGAUAAGAAGUUCAAACAGGUGCCAUUAAUGCAGGUAACGAGUGGAAGACAGAGGAGCCUCUUAAAGAAGUUGUUACAGGUCUGUGAGAGCCAGAAAUCUUACUUGUUUGUAGGUGACCAAAUACUUUUAUCCCACCAUAAUUUGCAAAUAAAUUCAUAAAAAAUCCUACAAUGUGAUUUUCUGGAUUUUCUUUCUCAUUUUGUCUGUCAUAGUUGAAGUGUACCUAUGAUGAAAAUUACAGGCCUCUCUCAUCUUCUUAAGUGGGAGAACUUGCACAAUUGGUGGCUGACUAAAUACUUUUUUGCCCCAUAGUAUGUGUUUACAGUCCAAUUCUGUUUUUUUUGCCCAAUUAUUGGCAAUAGAGCUGAUCUGAUUGGUCAAAAGACCAAAAAUAUCAGAAUUGGGCUGUGUAAACACAGACUUUUUUUUUCAUUUGGAAGAUGCUGUUGAAAUUCAAUAUAUUUAUGUUUAUAUAUAUCAACCAUUCUUUAGAGUAAAUAGAUUAGUGCAAAUUUGACACUAUGUUUUGAAGGAAAAUGGUUGAUUUCAGUAUAAUAUUUUCAGGAAUACUUUCUAUUAGAUUGUCACAAAAAAAUAUAUUAUAUGGUACAUAGGCCAGCAGUGUAUAAAAAGGUUUUGCUACUCAUUAUUCUAUUUUAGCCUGCAAGUGGUAAGCAGGCCCAGUGAUUGUCAUGCAUUCUGAGUGGGAGAUUUUAUGGAGGAACACUGUUAACUGUUGCCUACUAGGGUAUGUAGUCAUGUAUGAUUGUUCAUGUAAGAGAAUGUUUGAUGCUGGAGUCAUGAAAUACUUUCUUCAAAAAUGACUGUUAAAUUGUUGCAUAAUUCCCAACGUAAUCCCGCCUAUUGAAAUUGUAUGGUUAUUUUGGGGUAAAUGACACGCUGCAAUGGUUUGGUUGACAGAACGUUCUGCCCUUGUUGUUGGCCUGAUCAUGGCAGAAAAUGUUACUGUAAUGUAACAGCCAUGGUUGUUUUAUUAAAAGCUUGUUAUACUAUUAAUUCAUCCCUAUAAAGAAAUUGAAUUGACA